AUGGAAUGGCCAGAAAAUGCGUCAAAAUUUAAUUUGGAUGAAAUUUACGAUAAAUUGAAAGGAUGCGUUUAUGGAGCUGCAAUAGGGGAUGCGAUAGGUUUGGCUACAGAAUUCAUGUCCAAAGAAAAAGCCAGAAAAUUAUAUGGAAUUGGUCCUAUAACUUUUGGAACCGAAAAAGGAUAUGAAUUUUAUAUUGAUAGACAACGAGAAAGAUGGAAUGAUGGGGAUUGGACCGAUGAUACUGCAAAUGAUGGAAUUUUUAAUUCUCGCGACUUCGCUAUGGGAUUAAAAAAAUGGGUAGAUCAAGGAUUUCCAGAACUUGAUAAUAAGCCUCCAUGUGGUAUUGGAUUAACAGUUGGUUCAGUACUUAAUCAUCCACAAUUUCUAAAAAAACCUCAUAAAUCAGCUUGGGAUAUUUGGAUACAAUAUGAUCGUAAUAUGGCAGCCAAUGGAGCUUUAAUGCGUACAUCUAUAUUAGGUGUCCCAUUUUUUUGGGAUGAAAAACAAGUUAUAAAACAAACCUUACAAGCAACCAAAGUAACUCACGCAGAUCCGAGAUGUGGUUUAUCUAGUAUAAUCCUUACAUCGUUAAUAUCUAGAUUGAUUAAAGGUAAUGUUCAAGAUAUUCCAACGGAUUUAACUGAAGAAGAUAAAAAAGAAAUCUUGAAUUGUAAUAAAAUGAGUAAAAUGAUUGAAAAAGUUAAACAUCUUAAUCAUUCUUCUUCGAAAUCACCAUCAAUAAAUGAAUUAUGGUUAAAAAGAAGAAAAAGAUCUUCUCAACUGAAUAAACCUCGAGAACCUGCAAUAAUUCCUGAUCCUCUUCCACCUGGAAUAGAAUUAUUUGGUGUGGAUCCAGUAAUGUUGGCAUUAAUUAAAUCUUUAGUUGAUAGAUAUAAAUUUAUAAUUUUAAAUAUUCCCGAUACUUCACAAGAAAAACCUUCUUCAAAAAAAAAUAAGAAAAUUGAUUCAAGUAGAUUACAAACGGAUUUAAGUGAAGAAGCUUUAAAGAAAUAUUGUUUUCCUGAAAGUUUGGCUUCGUUAGAAUUAGAUGAACCCUCAAGUAUUGGAUAUGUUUAUAAAUGUUUGGGUUCGGCAUUAUAUUGUGUCACGAGAAAUUUGAAUAAAGUAGAAAAUGAAAGUGUAGCAUUUAAAAAGAUUAUUACGGAGUUAGCAUUGGAAGCUGGUGACGCGGAUACAAAUGCUACCGUCGCCGGUGCAUUGCUAGGUACAAGAAUUGGAUAUAAUAAAUUACCCAAAGAAUGGGUUGAAGGAUUAAAAUAUAAAACGUUUUUGGAUGAAAAAAUUAAUAACCUUUGGAAAAUAAUGUCUAAUUCUGAUUGGGUGGACGUAAAAGAACCUAUUAUUGAUUAG